AUGUUGUUCCGUGCAAUCUUGAAGUCUGGGGAAGCAUCCUCCCUAGAGGCUGUACAACGUGCGAGCGAUGGGGAGGUGAAUGCCCGGACCGCUGAUGGAGCAUCUGCACUGCACUAUGCUGCAUCGGUGGGCUAUGCAGAAGUUUGCCUCGAACUGCUUGAGCUUCCAACGUUUACCGCCAUCAACAAUCAAGACUGCCAAGGCUGUACAGCCCUACACUAUGCGGCUUGCAAAGGGCACCUGAGUGCUUGCCAUGUUCUUCUUGACCACUGGCGUUUCACAGCUCACAAUAUGCAAGACUGGAACGGAUGGACAGCGCUACAUGCAGGUGCUGCUCAUGGCAGGAAUGAGCUUUGCAUUGCAAUUAUCAAUAGCCCUCGGUUCAAGGGUGCAUCUGCUCGAGACAAGGAUGGUAUGACUGCGUUACAUGUGGCUACAGCCCGGGGCCAUGGCGAGAUAUGCACAGCCUUGCUCCAACAUGAGGUUUUUGCCGGGACAUCCUUCGUAGACCAUUUUGGGCGUACUGUCCAUGCGAUGCAAGAGCGGUCCCCAAAGGACCGCGUGCGCCAAACAGCUUCGUUGCCGCGGCCAGAGCUGCAGAUGAAGCCACCCGCUGACGGACAGAAAUGGCAGUCUCUCGCCAAGUGGACAUCUCAGUUGAAAAAGUUCCAGGGUGAGGUCCCAUGUGUGCAGAGCGCACUGGAAGUGGAUACUGCAGACCAUGCGCAUGCUGGGAAUCCGGAUGUCAGUGCAGAAGGCAGCAGCUUGCUGCAACCUGGAGAAACCAAAGCCACAGUCUUGCCUGGGGAUGUGGCGAGUCCAGAUUCGGCCUCAGAUUGGGAGGUUUCACCGGCACAUCACGGGGAAAACCUACCACCGAAUAGUGCCCCAGCAGCAGCAGCGGCAGCAGCAUCAGCAGCAUCAGCAGCAGCAACUUCUCAGCUAGAUGCUGGACGUGCUUCGGCCACACGGGCAGCAAUCCCGUCAAUGAACGGCCUGAAGUCGAAAGACAUCCCCAAUGGUCAUGUCGUAGGAGACGCCAAGGGAGCUUUACAUGGACAGGAUGGAGGCAUUUUGGCGCCUAAUGGUGCAGCAGCAAAUGCUCAACUGGAUGCCAUGGGUGGUGGCUUCGCAGGGGCGGCAAUCCCGUCAAUGAACGGCCUGAAGUCGAAUGACAUCCCCAAUGGUCAUGCCGUGGAAGAGGCCAAUGGAGCUAUACAUGGACAGAAUGGAGGUAUUUUGGUGCCCAAUGCUGCAGCAACAAAUUCCCAACUGGAUGCCACAGGUGGUGGGGCUGCAGGGGCAGCAAUCCUGUCAAUGAACGGCCUGAAGUCGAAUGACAUCCCCAAUGGUCAUGUCGUGGGAGACGCCAAUGGAGCUUUACAUGGACAGGAUGGAAGCAUUUUGGGUCCCAGUGGUGAGGCAGCAAAUUCCCAACUGGAUGCCAUGGGUGGUGGGGUCGCAGCAAUCCCGUCAAUGAACGGCCUGAAGUCGAACGACAUCGCAGAUGGCAUGAAAGAAGAGGAAGACGGAGCCAAGUCUGCCGACCAGGGGCUGGCUAUUGAGAAUGGAAACCAUCUUCAGGACAGCUUACCAAAACGAGAUGCAGAACUUCAGCAAGGGGAAGGCGGACAGCUGCUUGUAGCAGAACCUAGUAACGAAGAUGCCAAUGCUGAUGCGAAUGCUGCCGGACCGGAGGCCGCAGCUGAGGGACUGGGGCCAAGUGCAAAGAAGAUUCAAUGGAUUUGGGCACUUGCACGGAUGCGGAUUGGUCUGAAGCGCUGGAAGAAACAUGUGACCCAGGCACUUCAUGCUCGCCACCGCAAGGAUAAGCGAAAUAAACUGGUCAAGAAACGUGGCAUCGAGCCAAAGACCAUCCGCAACAAGACAGCACUUGAGCCAAAGGAAACCGAGGCAGUUGAGCCCGUUCCAGAAGCCGUGGAGCUACAUGCACCAUCUGAGCAAGAAGACCAAGUUUUAGAAAUGACGACGAGAGAGGAAGCCGAUGACAACAUAGCUGAAGCUCCUCUCAAAGCAGAUCCGCCGCAAGAUCAGGAAACGCAAGAGGAAAGCAAUCCAACAGCCAAGGUGGAGUCAAAUGAGCCUCUCGAAGCGCCACCGGCACAAGCAGAGGAGGAAGUGACAGAUGCGGAAGAUGAACUUGAAGAACCUGUCUCGGACGUGGAAGCUAGCGAGGCAGUAGACUCUCCACAGGUGCAUCCAGAAGCCAAGGCAGAUGCAGGCCAUGAUGCUGGGGAAGCUCCUCACGGAGAGCCGAAAGAGACAAAGAAGAAGAAAAAGAAGACACCUUCCAAGGAGGCUGCUUCAGCUAAGAAGAAAGGCAAGGCAAAGCAAGGCACCACGAUCACGGUGAAUGGCUUGGUGAUGCGGGCCUGA